CAGGUACCUACCCCACACCUGCACUCCGUUAAGGCCUGGGAUGCGCUUACCUCUUACUGAAGAAGUAUAGGCAGUACGUACCUAGUACAUGGUAGCGCAUGUCUGUCAGUAGGUAGCGGAGGUACCUUCUCUCCAGGCACCUGUGACGACAGUUACCUGUCUCAAGGCAGUUCUCACAGGGCGGGGCUUAGGUCGCUGCCUGUCGCGUCGACUUCGCAUUGCGCAUUCCGCAUUCGCAACGAUCAGCAUAUUCCAUUUAACCAAGUCAUUGUCAUCGCUUCUGUCUCGUUCCUGAUAUACUCAACUGCCAGUAUUGUAUUCACAAUGCCGCCGCCCUCUGUAACGUUAGUCGCGAAGCUUAAAGUUCAACUCAAGCUAUCCAUUGCCCGGCUUCGUAUGGUCCAACAGCGUGAUGAGGCUAUGGGAAAAACACAAAGGAGGGCUAUGGCCCAGCUCUUGGAAGUUGGCAAGAUCGAAUCCGCAAGAAUAAGAACAGAAAACAUUAUCCGAUCUGAUAUCAACACCGAACUCCACGAGAUCCUUGAGCUGUACUGCGAACUUCUUCUCGCCCGCGCUGCCCUGCUGGAAAGCCCAACAUGUGAUCCAGGUCUCGAAGAAGCCGUGAAGAGCAUAAUCUACGCUGCACCCCGAACGGAAAUCAAGGAGCUGCAACAGGUUCGCGCUCUCCUCGGGGAGAGAUUUGGUAAAGAGUUCGUCUUGGCUGCCAUGGAAAACUCGGAUGGCGCUGUCUCUGAGAAGGUGGUGAAGAAGCUGAGCGUAACUCCUCCAAAGCCAGAGCUAGUGCAGGGAUAUCUUGAAGAAAUUGCAAAGGCCUAUGGAGUUGAUUGGCCCAGGGGAUCGAAAGAGCUGGGACAACCACCCGAACUUAUAGAUGAAGAAGUUAACAGCGAUGUUUCUGGCGGUGCUGAGCAGACGCGGCCCGAUGCCGACGCAGGCAUAUCUGCCGACAGUAAAGCAGCACAAGAAAGGGAAGAUCUAAGCCGAGCUACACCGCCACGCACAUUCGGAUCGAGCAAUCCGUUGCAUGUAAACCCCUCAAGCCCCUCGACGGAAAAUCCUCGGCCCAAAGUGACAUUGAACUCAAUGGAGCUUAAGGUGAACAAGAAGCCAGUUACAACGACCCCCACAAAGCCGCGCGAAGAGGGAAAGGGCACCGGUAUACCUGACGUCAACGAAUUGGCGGCACGGUUUGCUGCCUUGAAGCGAUAAAUUGAUCAAGUAUGGUUUGGUUUCGAUAUAUAACAAACCUCCCUGUAUAAAACCCGUGGUUAACAAACGUUUGCAAUCCGACCCUGUUAUUCCAAGCCACUGACUAAUAUUCCCUUUUGGAGAUACCAAUUUGAUUAAUAGUAUACCAUCUACAGUGAGCUUUUGGGCAUAAUGUUGAGCCUGAGAGCCUCCUUAAUAUCAUCGGCUACUAGUCCCUCGUUGAUAAGUAUACACCUAUGUACCUGAGGCUUUCAAUCAUCUGGCUCUCCAUUUCUACAUGAAAUGCAGAAAGAGUUUUCUGAAGCACCUAGCCUGGUUAUGAGGCUGCUAUCUUUUCGAUGAUUCAACAGACGGAGCCUUGGAAGUCCAACUUGCAUUUAGCAUGUACAAUCACAGGGGGUGAAGGGUUAGAAAGGAACAGACCCCAUUAGCGAUAUUUUAAAUAAAGGAUAGUUAUAUGAAAGGUCCUAAGCAAACCUGAAGACAGGCGCAUUUCAACAACGUCCACUAUGAAAGGUGGGAAGCAGGUCGGUGCUAGGAUAAUUUGAGAUCAAAGAUACCUACAAGGAAACGAAUGGGUGCACAGUGAUGAUCUGUAUCUUUCCUAGAAGUUUACUUGUGUGCAAGAUAAUGAGCACCCCUCCUUCCCUUCAUGUCCUUUUCCGCUUUAACGGCUACAACGCUUCAACAGUAGAUAACCUGAAACAAAAAAGAGAGCUCUUGCCUAAAUAGGUGGGGGUACACAA